AGAGGCCUAAAGGUCAUGAGGAAUGUGGAUGGAAUCCACUUGGGGCCCUAUCCUCCCCCAGCCCAGGCAGGGGCUGCCAAGUUUGGGUCUGUCCUCUCGUCCUUUCCUUAUUUGGUGCUCCAGGUGAUAAGGCUGACACAUAAAGGGGGCUGUGGGCCCCUCACGGCAACCAGGCUGCCAGAGACGAUGGCCAGCAGGAAGGCGGGGACCCGGGGCAAGGCCGCGGCCACCAAGCAGGCCCAACGAGGCUCUUCCAACGUCUUUUCCAUGUUCGAGCAAGCCCAGAUCCAGGAGUUCAAAGAAGCCUUCAGCUGCAUUGACCAGAACCGUGAUGGCAUCAUCUGCAAGUCAGACCUUCGGGAGACCUACUCCCAGCUCGGGAAGGUGAGUGUCCCAGAAGAGGAGCUGGACGCCAUGCUGCAGGAGGGGAAGGGCCCCAUCAACUUCACCGUCUUCCUCACGCUCUUCGGAGAGAAGCUCAACGGGACAGACCCCGAGGAAGCCAUCCUGAGCGCUUUCCGGAUGUUUGACCCCAGUGGCAAGGGUGUGGUGAACAAAGACGAGUUCAAGCAGCUUCUCCUGACCCAGGCAGACAAGUUCUCACUGGCUGAGGUGGAGCAGAUGUUUGCGCUGACACCCAUGGACCUGGCCGGGAACAUCGACUACAAGUCCCUGUGCUACAUCAUCACCCACGGGGAUGAGAAGGAGGAGUGAGCCGGGCUCAGCAUGACUCGGCCAUGCCGGCCCACCUCAAUAAACGCUGUUUCCCAUGAA